UCUUAAAAUUAGAUAGUAAAACCUGUGAAUUAUUUUAAUAUAUUUGUUGUAUGGUGUUAUGUUAUUUAUUAGCAAUGGAUGCAAACGGAAAUGGAAAAAAAUGUGUCCCAAAACUUCGAGAUAUAUUACGCAGACAAAGACAAGACUCUGAUGGCGGAGGAGGUCAAGAAUGUCCCGAUAUUGAAUUCGAAUAUGCUGACAAUGAUACACAUAUGAAUGAAAUUGCCGAAAUUUAUACAUAUACUGAAAAUGCUGAAAUGAACAUCAACAUGAAAGCUUAUGAUAAUUUAAUGUUUCGUAAUCCAUAUGGUGGAGGCCAUUGUUGGCAAAAAUUGAAUAGAGAACAACGAUGUGCAUUCAUAAUGCGUUUAUUAGAUUCCUUAGAAUCAUCCCAAAUAUCAAUUAGGAUGCGUGCACUUAGAUGCAUACUUUAUUUAGCUCAGGGAUGUUGGGCUGAAGUUCAAUGCGACAGAGAACAAGUUGAAUUUGCCCGUCAAAAUGUAUUCUUAAUUUAUGAAUUAGGUGUAUUUCAUGUACUUAUCGAUUUAUUAUGUUAUGAAAUUGAUAAUAGUUCUGUGACAAAAGUAGCAUUAAGAAAAUUAUUAGUUACAUCUGCUGAUUCAUUAGAAUUACGUAUUAUAUUAACAAUAUUAUAUAUUAUAACGGAAGUGAUGCGUGAAGAGAAAACAAAUCCAAAUUCUGAAUAUAAAAAUUUAGUGGAUUCGUUUGUUACGGAUUUAGCUGAGAACACGUACGGUGGUGGUGAUUUAUUAGCUGUUAAAUUAUUAAAUAUGGUUACAUCAUUCUGUAGUGGGGCAUGCCCACAUUUUCCAAUUAAAAAAGUUGUACUGCUCUUGUGGAAAGUGAUUUUGGUAUCGCUUGGAGGGAUUGAUACAUUACGUCAACUUAAAAAAGAAGUGCGUGAAAAAUAUGGACUCGAACCAUUUACAGAAGACAGCUUAGAAGUAACGAAACAUAUGCGGUCGUCAACACCACCAGCUAGUGCUGCUGAUUUAUUAGAAGCUCAACAAAAUUCUAAACGCACAGCACGACCAUUUCGUAGAAGUUUAAUGAAACAAAGUUCACUAGAUGAGAAUGAGUACGACGGCGAUGAACAAUGUACUGAGUAUGAUGAUGAAAGACGUACAUUCGACGCAUCAAAUGGUGAUGCAAUGAAUAAUUCUAGGGCAGGUGGUGGACCUUCGUCAGGGAAUGACACAAGACCUCCAACACCAGUUACAACCGAAGCACCUCCUCUACCGAUUAGAAAUUUACCGUGGGUUCCAAAAGUACGUCAAAAAGAUAUCGAUCUAUUUUUAGAUAGUUCAAGAUUAAAGUUUCUAGGGUAUUCAUUACCAGAAGAUCAUGAAACACUUGCUGGUUUACCAUUGCCGAUUCAUGAAGGUGUCAAAACUUUAAAACGUCACAUGUAUACAUCAUUAUCUGAAAUUCAAAUACAAACUGAAGAAGAAAUUGCACGUAAUCCAAUGUCAGCAUCAGAAGGGGAAAUCAUACAAACACCAACAGAAAUUUUAUACCAAGCUAUCUUACCAAAUCUACCUCAAUACAUGAUAGCAUUGUUAAAAGUAUUGUUAGCUGCAGCGCCAACUUCUAAAUCACGCUCCGAUACCAUUAAUAUUAUGAAUGAUGUUAUUCCUGAAGAAAUGCCAAUGACAGUAGUUCAGUCAAUGGAAUUAGGAAUUGAUAUACAUCGUCACAAAGAAAUCAUUGUGAAAGGUGUAUCAGCAAUCUUAUUUUUACUCCUGAAACAUUUCAAAUUAAAUCAUGUGUAUCAGUACGAGUUUAUUUCACAACACUUGGUCUUUGCAAAUUGUAUACCAUUAGUUUUAAAAUUCUUCAAUCAGGAUAUUUUAGGAUAUGUUGGCUCCAAAAAUUCAAUUCCAAUGCUUGAUUUUCCUGCAUGUGUGAUUGGUGAACAUCCUGAAUUAACAACGGAAGCAAUUGAAAUUGGUGAUUCAGCCGCAUAUUCUUGGCGAAAUAUGUUCUCAUGUAUAAAUAUGUUACGUAUUCUAAAUAAAUUAACCAAGUGGAAGCAUUCACGAAUUAUGAUGUUAGUUGUGUUCAAAUCUGCACCAAUAUUAAAAAGGACAUUAAAAGUCCGUCAUGCCAUGACACAAUUAUAUGUAUUAAAAUUAUUAAAAAUGCAAACGAAAUAUUUAGGUCGACAAUGGCGUAAAUCAAAUAUGAAAACAAUUAGUGCAAUCUAUGCAAAAGUACGUCAUCGAUUAAAUGAUGAUUGGGCUUUUGGUAACGAUUUAGACGCUCGCCCGUGGGAUUUUCAGGCGGAAGAAUGUGCGUUACGUGCGUGUGUUGAUCGUUUUAAUAAUCGAAGAUAUUUCAAUAACAAGGACUCCGAAUACGAACCAGUUGAUAAUAAUUUAGCAAGUAUAUUAGGUCGUGUUAUUGAAUUAUCCGAUGAUUUUCAAAAGAAUUAUGAAUUAUGGUUACAGCAUGAAGUGCACAAGUCUCAAAUUGAUUGGGAUCAGUUAAUAAUUAAAGAGGGCGAAAAAUCAGUGAAAAAUAUUUAAUUUAUUCAUUUAAUAUUUAUAAUAAUUCAUUCUGAUAUUCAAUUAUGAUUAUUGAUUUUUUUUUUAUAAUAGGAGGAAUUACGCCAUUUUCGUAUAACGAAAUUUUACUGUAUUAGAUAUUUUCAAAAAAAAAAAAGACUCAAAAAAAAUGUUAAAUUUUUUCAGAUAAUUGUAAAUAUUUUGAAAAUAAUCUUUAGUAUCCUAAAAUUUGCAUGGAAAUUACAAUUUUUUUAUCAGAGUAGCGCUCGGGCAAGAUGAUGAUCGCCCUGGAAAAUGAAACAUCUGGAAAUUUGAGAAAAACUAGAACUUUGUAUGAAAUUAUCAUCGCGCCUCGGAAUCAGAAACUCGAUAAUCCGUUCAAAUUUAGUUGAAUUGGAACGAAUGCUUCUAUUUUUCCGAAUAAAAAUACUAACAAAGAGUGUUCGAAAUAUAUUUCCCAAAACUGAAUAGAUUUAUACAAAUUGAAUCUUUCUAGACACAGUUUAAAAUGUUUUCUUGUAAAUGACUUCUCUUUCAAGGUCGUUGCCUCGUUACCUACGUAGAGAGCGCUACUUUUUCUCUGAAUCAAAUAUAUACUAAAAUGGCAAAAAAUUCAUUUAUUUAUUUUUUUUUAAAUAAUUUUCUUGUGUGAAACCUUAAAAAUUCUCUUUUUUUAUUUAAUUUAUACGUAAUGAUUACGUUUUAGAAAGAAAACGUUUGUUUUUUUUGGUAAAUCGAAAAAAUUUUAUGUAAAACUAUUUGCUAUUUGCAAUCAACACACGCCUGUACUUUUCUUCCGUUUAUCAUUAUAUUAAAUUUCUUCCAUUUUAAAAAUGUUAUAAAAUCAAAUUGGAUGUUUUCUAUCGGUAAGACUCCAAAUCUGAACAAAUUGCACGAAACUUCCAAAUUGGAUAUUUCAAGAAACAUUUAUUUUACAUCCCAUAUUCGAAAUUUAGCAAUUCAAUCGCUGCGAUUUACUUCUUUUUUCAAAACGUUGCACGUCGUUGUAAUUUAUAACGCAUCGAAUCAUUGAAUAAAAUUCGAUUAGAAGGGGACUUCUGGUUGAUUAAAAUAGUGAUCGCUAACCGGUCCUAGAAUUAAAUUAAUUAUAACUACAACGACUAGUUUUCUGAGCGUAAAAUGUACCUAAUUUGGCAUAUUUUCCCUAUCUGACAGUUUUGGAGACAUUACCCAAUUACCUUCUUGACAAUUAAGAGGAACUUUUGAGAGAGUUAAAUUCGUUGCGAUUUAAUUGCUAUUUUAAAAAUGUAUUUUUGAAAAUUAUGUUUAAGUUAUUUGAAACUGUGAGAUCCUUGAAAUUAUAUUUAUUUCAAUAAAGGAUCAAAAAGAAAAACUUCUUGUAAAAAUAAGUAUUGUACACUUUUCUUUUCCAAAUUUUUGAGUUAUUUCGAAUUUAUGUAUUUUCAGUCACUUUUUAAGAAAAUGCAAGGAUUCGAUUAAAAAGUAGGA